GUUCCUCAGCGCGCGCGCGCCCUGCUCCCGCGGUUCGGCGGCCGCCGCUGCCUGGGAGGGGGGAAGGGCGAGGGAGACCCGGGGCUUCGCGAGGGGAGCCUCGGCCCAGGACCCGAGGCGGCCGCUCUCCCCGCCCUUUCUCAAAAGCCGCGCAGCCGGGAGGGACCAUCCAUGGCGAAAGAAGCCGAAGAGCGGGAGCUGAAGGUUCCCGAGGAGAUGUUCAAAGAUGUCAAGUUCUUCGCCGUGGGAGACAUAGGCGCCGAGGUUAUUCAGCUUUUGAAAGAUGGCAAGGCGAAGGAGGUUUCUUACAAUGCUCUGGCAUCACACAUCAUUUCAGAAGAUGGAGACAAUCCAGAAGUUGGUGAAUCUCGUGAAGUCUUUGAUCUUCCAGUAGUAAAACCUUCUUGGGUGACCUUGUCGGUUCGAUGUGGAGUUCUUCUGCCAGUAAAUGGUUUCUCCCCAGAAUCCUGUCAGAUCUUUUUUGGAGUUGCUGCUUGUCUGUCUCAGGUUUCCGCUGAAGACCGAAGUACACUGUGGGCUUUGAUUACGUUUUAUGGUGGAGAUUGCCGGCUGAGCCUCAAUAAAAAAUGCACUCAUUUGAUUGUGCCUGAGCCAAAAGGGGAGAAAUAUGAAUGCGCCUGUAAAAGAGAAAACAUUAAAAUUGUGACACCUGACUGGGUUUUGGAUUCUGUAUCUGAUAAAACUAAAAAAGAUGAGGCUUCCUAUCAUCCACGAUUAAUUAUAUAUGAGGAAGAGGAAGAAGAGGAGGAAAAUGAAGAUCAGGAUUCUCAAAAUGAAGCCAGCACAGAUGAAAAGUUGUCAAGUCCAGCAUCUUCACGAGAAGGCUCACCUUUGGGUGAUCGAGCUUUUUCACCUAAAUCUAUUGAUGCUGAUAAAACGAAAGGAGAACUGAUGUUUGAUGAUUCAUCAGAUUCGUCUCCUGAAAAGCAUGAAAGAAAUUUGAACUGGACACCUGCUGAAGUUCCACAGAAUACAGCAAAGCGCAGAUUGCCUUCAGGCAAGGAUUCUGGAUUGAUAAAUUUGUGUGCCAAUGUCCCACCUGUCCCAGGCAAUAUUUUGUCCUCUGAGAUGAGAAGUAAUAUAAUGGCUUCAGUACAAAGUCCUCAAAGUUCUGGACGUCCCGAAAUGAUGGCUGCAUGGAGUCCUGCAGUACGGACAUUAAGAAAUAUUACAAAUAAUGCUGAUAUUCAGCAGGUUAAUAGACCAUCAAAUGUUGCGCAUAUCUUGCAAUCACUUUCUGCUCCUACAAAAACUUUGGAGCAGCAGGUAAACCAUAGCCAGCAGGGACAUUCAAAUGCUGUGUUGCUUAGCCAAGUUAAAUUGACUCCAGAGACACACUUACUACACCAGCAGCAGCAUCCACCUCAGCAGUCACAGCAGCAGCAGCAACAACAGCAACAACAACAGCAGCAGCAGCAGCAACAACAACAGCAGCACCUCCCUCUCUUGCAUCUUCCAUCCCAACAAAUUGUGCAGUUGCAGCAACAGCAGCAGCCACAGCAGCCUCAGAUUACUCAACAGUCUUUCUCUCAGCAGCCUCAUCAGUUUGUGCAACAGCAAGUUCAUCAACACCAAUUCUCACAGCAGCAGUUACAAUUUUCUACACAACAGAUACAUUCUCAGCAGCAAGUACAUCGUCCUCAGCAACAGUUGCAAUUUCAGCAGCAGCAUGCCUUGCAACAGCAGCUGCAUCAGCUACAGCAACAGCAGCUACAGCAACAGCAGCUGCAACUACAGCAGCAAAACCUUCAACAACAGUUACAGCAGCAGCAACUACAGCAGCAACAUUUGCAACGAAUGCAGCAGCAGCAGCAGCAGCAACAACAACAACAAAUGCAAAAUCAAGCAUCUCAACUCUUGACCCAGACUUCUCAGACAUUACAGCAUCAGGUUCCAGUUCAGCCAUCGCAGCAUCCUCAGCAGCAACAGUUGCAGCAGCAGCAGCUCUUUGGGCAUGAUCCAUCCAUAGAAAUUCCAGAAGACUAUUUUCUGUUGGGUUGUGUCUUUGCAAUUGCUGAUUAUCCUGAGCAGAUGUCUGAUAAACAAUUACUGGCAACAUGGAAAAGGAUAAUCCAAGCAAAUGGCGGUACAGUAGAUCCCACAUUCACAAACCGGUGUACACAUCUUCUCUGUGAAAGUCAGCUUAGUAAUAUGUAUGCUCAGGCUUUGAGAGAAAGGAAGAGAUGUAUCACAGCACACUGGUUGAACUCUGUGCUAAAAAAGAAGAAAAUGGUACCACCUCACCGAGCUCUUCAUUUUCCUGUAGCAUUUCCACCAGGAGGGAAACCAUGUUCACAGCAUAUAAUCUCAGUGACAGGUUUUGUUGAUAGUGACAGAGAUGAUCUCAAGCUGAUGGCCUACCUCUCAGGUGCAAAGUACACAGGCUAUCUUUGUCGCAGCAACACAGUUCUCAUCUGUAAAGAGCCAACUGGCUUAAAGUAUGAGAAAGCCAAAGAGUGGAGGAUACCAUGUGUGAAUGCACAAUGGCUCUGUGAUAUAUUACUUGGAAAUUUUGAAGCACUGCGGCAAAUACAGCACAAUCGAUACACGGUAUUCAAUCUUCAAGAACCACUUGCUCCUAAUCAACACCUGGUUUUAAACCUUCUUGAUGCUUGGAGAGUUCCACUAAAAGUAUCAUCAGAACUUCUAAUGGGUGUGAGAUUACCACUAAAACCAAAGCAAAAUGAAUCAGUAAUUCAGCCAUCAAGCAAGCGGCCAAGAAUUGAAGACUUGCCAACUCCUAAUAAAAACGUGACAUCAGAAUUGACACCAGUAGUGCUCUUCACGGGAUUUGAGCCUUCCCAGGUGCAUCAGUACAUCAAGAAACUCUACAUUCUUGGAGGUGAAGUAGCAGAAUCUGCCCAGAAAUGCACUCACUUAAUAGCGAGUAAAGUGACACGUACUGUAAAAUUCCUUACAGCUAUUUCAGUUGUAAAGCAUAUAGUAACCCCAGAAUGGUUGGAAGAGUGUUUCAAGGGCCAGAAGUUUAUAGAAGAGCAAAACUACAUACUCAGGGAUGCAGAAGCUGAAGUUCUUUUCUGUUUCAGCUUAGAAGAAUCUCUAAAGAAAGCACAGGAGACACCGCUCUUCAAGGGAAAGUACUUCUAUAUUACACCUGGAAUUUGCCCUAGCCUUUCCACUAUGAAAUCUAUUGUGGAAUGUGCAGGAGGAAAGGUAUUGAACAAACAACCUUCUUUCCGUAAGCUCAUGGAACACAAGCAAAACAAAAGCUUAUCAGAGAUUAUUCUGAUUUCUUGCGAAAAUGAUCUUCACUUAUGUCGAGAAUAUUUUGCCAGAGGCAUAGAUGUUCACAAUGCAGAGUUUGUUUUGACUGGCGUUCUUACUCAGACACUGGAUUAUGAAUCAUAUAAAUUCACUUGACUGGAAGUAAAAAUGCCUUAUUGCUAUAGACUCCUUGAAUCCUUCCUUCCAGCUUUUUCAGCCUGUGGAUCAGUUGGCACUUCUGGAGUUCUUGUCCCCUUCCUCCCUUGUUUUGCUGAAGGCCAAUGAGCAGUUUGAGGCAGGAGAGCAAACGUUAAUUGCAUCUGUUUAAGAUGUGCAGCAUUUUAUUAUUAAAACAUAAUUAACUAUGUUCUUUGUAUUAUACUAGAGAGAGGUUACUUUUUAUAUCACAAAUUAGUUUUCCUAAUUUUUUUUAGUUGUCACAACUGUUGGUACUUAACCACACAAAAUUGGAAUGUAAAGAGAAAGGGCUUGUGGUAUGUAAAUUAUGGAAAUAAAGUAUUUUGUAUUUUAUUUUAUUAAGCUCUGUUUCUUUUAUAUUACUAAUAUCCUGGUUUUUGUAUAAAUACACUUUUAAAUGAUGUUUCUUUAAGAUUUCGUAGUGGCUCCUUUCCUCUUCUUUUAAAUAUUGUGCAAUUAUGGCACUAUGGUAAGAGUAAAUUACUCUAAAUCAUUCUUUCAAAUGCUGUAAGAUAAUCUUCCCUUUAUUUUACAAGGUAUGUUUUAAUAUUAAAAACCAAGUAUUUUAAGCAGAA